GUAAAGACAGGCACAUAAUAAGAGAGAGAGAGAGAGAGAGAGAGAGAGAAGGAGGGAGGGAGAUGGCGAGGACACCAGGGCGAGACAAGAACGGGAUGAAGAAGGGAACGUGGACUCCUGAGGAAGACAGGAAGCUGAAGGCUUAUGUGAGCAAAUACGGCUUCUGGAAUUGGCGCCAACUCCCCAAGUAUGCAGGGUUAUCAAGAUGUGGAAAAAGUUGCAGACUUAGAUGGAUGAAUUACCUAAGGCCAGAUAUCAAGAGAGGGAACUAUACCAAGGAAGAAGAAGAUACCAUCGUCAGACUACAAGGAUUGCUUGGGAACAAAUGGUCAGCUAUUGCAUCUCAGUUACCAGGAAGAACGGACAAUGAAGUCAAGAAUCACUGGCACACCAACUUGAAGAAGCGCUUGAAUCAAAAUACCCAACCAUCAUCAACAACAUCUCCACAAGAAGCAACCAUCACAGAAAAUCAUUCAUGGGAUCAUGAAGCUAUCCCUAAUAAUAUAUCCGAUACGAGUCCAAACAAUAUUCUCGACCUUCCUACGGACGGCCCUAUGACUGCUCAGAUCGUGAAAGGGUUUGCAUCCCUCCAUUCAUCUUCGAGCUCGAGGGAGACUUCAUUAUCGCUGUGCAUGGAAACUGUGGACUUCUCAAACACGGAGUACGAAGCUUCUCUCGACACAUAUAUUGCAGAGUCUAGCGGGAGUUUCUGGACCGAACCGUUUAUCACCGACAACAAUAUCGAAUCCUGGCUCCUACUAGAUGAACGUUCUCAUGAUGUUUUCUAUUAAUUAAGAAAAUUGGUCUGUUUAGAAUGAUCAGUCACCUUGUGUGCGUAUAAAGAACAGCUAAUCUGUUCUUCAUAGGGUAGUUGGUUCUGUCAAUUUAGCAGCCUUUCUAUAAGGCAUGUAUAUACUUGAAUAAUCAUCUGGAAAUGUGAAUUACAACCAAUAUAUGCCCGUUUGGAUGA